AUGACUGUGAUUCAAUUCACGCCCCUUUCGUCCCUAGUUCAACCCGCAUUUUGGCAUGACCUUGUGCGCCUGAAGAUUGAUGUACUGAAACUCUCUGCCGAGUCCCAACCUGUUACUGCAUCCUACUCUGCCGGAAAAUCAAUUGUAGAUAGAGAAACCGGUCAGGAUGUUGCGCUAGGAUGUCAAAUUGCGCUAGGGGGGGACGCGUUUGAUAAACAAGCCAGUAUACCCGCCCAUACAGUAGCUGUCUGUGGAGUGCUCAAGAAUUUCAAUACUAUUGAAGAAUUUAAGUCUGCCGAUAAAUUGGCCCUCUUCAACGGACUCGCAGACGAACUCUGGACUGCGGUAAACUCAGAAACUGCAUUAACCGAUUUAUCGUACUUGAACAAGUUCUUGGUUUUAACCUUUGCCGAUUUGAAGAAGUACAAAUUCUUUUAUUGGUUUGCAUUCCCAGCCCUUGUUGCCAAACCGGCAUGGGAGAUCGAUUCGUCGGGAUGGCUGUCAGCUGAAGAACGGCUGGGAGGCGAAAACUUGCUAUCUAUCUACGAUUCGUUUUCAGACCUCUCCCAGGGUAAACCUUCUCAUCCACCAUAUUUCAUUGCACGACAAUCUGCCAAAUCUGGUUACGAAGUAUCGAGUCUGUCUGAGUGGAACUCAUUUUUUAAAGACACGCCUGAAGAUAAGCGAAUCCUAGGAUUCGUGGACCCAUCAGCCAAUCCUCAGAGUCCAGGGUGGCCUUUGAGGAACUUGUUGACACUCGUCAACGUCCGGCUUGGAGUCAAAGGGCCAUUAAAUGUACUAGCGUGGAGGGACACUGAGGUUACGGGACCCAACCAUAGUUGGCAUAGUCGACUUGGCGUAGUGUCCAUACCUGGAGUAGAACAACUCGAUCCCCAGGUAAGACCUACCGCGGUAGGCUGGGAGAAAAACACCCAAGGGAAGCUCGCUCCCCGUCUGGCAGACCUCGCUCCGAUGAUGGAUCCUGCCCGCUUGGCAGAUCAAGCUGUUGACUUAAACCUUAAACUGAUGCGGUGGAGGAUUCUCCCUGGUCUAAACUUAGAGAAGGUCGCCAAGACCAAAUGUCUGCUUCUUGGAGCCGGAACUCUGGGAUGUUAUGUUGCGCGUACGCUCAUGGGUUGGGGAGUGCGUACUAUUACAUUCGUAGACUCGGCACGAGUGUCUUUCUCCAAUCCAGUUCGGCAGCCCUUGUUUGAAUUCGCGGACUGUCUUGAAGGUGGCAAACCCAAGGCUGCUUGUGCCGCCGAAAGCCUCAAGAAGAUUUUCCCUGGUAUGGAUGCGACCGGAAUAGAUAUGUCCAUUCCAAUGCCGGGCCAUCCGAUCCCCCCCGCACUUUUGGAAAAGACCAAAACGGAUGUCGCUCGACUCGAGGAACUUAUUGAUAAACACGAUGCUGUUUUUCUCCUCAUGGAUUCACGAGAGAGCCGGUGGCUCCCUACAGUUAUUGGCGCAUCAAAGGGAAAGAUUGUGAUGAACGCCGCCCUUGGAUUUGAUUCAUUCCUUGUCAUGAGACAUGGUGUCCGUGCAAGUAGGGCAGAUGGAGAUUCGGCCAGACUUGGAUGCUAUUACUGCAACGACAUUGUCGCCCCUGCGGAUUCAUUGUCCGAUCGUACUCUUGACCAGAUGUGUACAGUCACUCGGCCAGGACUGGCUGCUAUUGCCUCGAGCACGGGGGUCGAAAUUUUGGUAUCACUUCUCCAGCACCCCAAAGGGCUCAAUGCACCUGCACCUAAACCCGGGGAUGAAAGCUCUGAGAGUAUUCUUGGAGUUGUACCUCAUCAAUUACGAGGAUUCCUGGCUCAAUUCAGCAACAAGCUCAUCACGGGGGCAGCUUACGACAAAUGCACGGGUUGCUCCGAGACAGUCCUAAAGGAGUACGAGUCUCGCGGGUUCGAAAUGGCAUUGCGUGCGUUUAAUGAAACUGGAUAUCUUGAGAAAUUAACAGGGCUCGACAAGUUACAUGCUGACAGCGAAGCAGCAAUGGAAAGCGUUGACUGGGUGGAAGGGGGUGAUGGUGAAGGCGAUGAUGAUUUCUAA